AUGGGCAGCGUCGCUACACCGAUGACGCCAGGCCUCAGUCCGGCCUACGCGGCACUGAAAACCAACGCGGCCCGUCUCAAUGCCACCUUAGAGUACUCAUGUCAAUGGGGCGCAACACCAGAUGGGGGCAUGAAUCGCCUGUCCGCCAACGACGACGAUAAGCGAGUACGUGACUGGUUCGUAGCGGAAACGGCCAAGUGCGGUUGUGUACACAAAGUCGACAGCAUGGGCAACAUUUUCGCGAUCCGGCCCGGGCAGAACAACGACCUCCCACCAAUUGGGCUGGGCUCGCAUUUGGAUACGCAGCCGACAGGCGGCAAGUAUGACGGGAUUCUAGGAGUGUUGUGCGCGAUGGAAGUUUUAAGCACGGUGCACGAGGCCAGAGUGACAACGUACGCGCCACUGGCAGUAGUCAACUGGACUAACGAGGAAGGGGCCCGUUUCCCGCCCGCCAUGCUUGGGUCGGGAGUCUGGGCAGGACAGUUCACUCUCGAGCACGGACAGACUCGGCAGAGCGUCACUGGUGAAACGAUGAAACAGGAGCUGGAGCGGAUUGGGUACUUAGGAAGCACCCCAUGCUCAAACACCGACAACCCUCUCUCUGCACAUUUUGAGGUCCACAUCGAGCAGGGUACCAUUUUAGAUGGCGCCGAGCAGCCCGUCGGUAUUAUCAGAGGCGCACAGUCUGUGCGAUGGUACCGACUUGUCGUCACCGGCCGUGCAGAGCACACUGGCGGCACACCGAUGGACAAGAGGAGUGAUUCGCUGCUCGUGGCGGCGCAGAUGAUCGUCAACGUUAACGAAGUGGCUCUACGCCGAAACUUCCGAGCUACUGUAUCAACGGCGCGAUCAGAUCCCGUCAGCAUGAACACCAUCGCCGGCAAGGUCGAGCUGAGCUUAGAUCUUCGUGCGCCUACCGAUCAGGAUAUGGAAGAACUCGAAUCCGAGUUGAAACAGGCCUUUAGCUCCAUCAGUGCGAAACAUGGCACGGAGUUCUCCAUGGACAUUGUCUGGGAUUCUCGCGCAACAUACUUUGAUGAGCAGAUGGUCGACUGUGUACGACAGGCGGCAAUAAGCCAAGGCUGUGAGCACGAGAUGAUGAGUUAUAUUGGACACGAUUCGUGA